AUGGGAGAAUCUUCUUCUUCGGCAUCUUCAAUUUGGUCACAAAUUGGACGAAAAUUUACACAUAGUGCAACAAAAAAAGAAAAUCUUUUAAAUUCAACUUUUAAUAAUUUAAUUGUUGAAUGGCUUAGUGAAGGGGUUUUGGCAAAAUUGGAAACAAAAUUAAUUUUGCCAAUAAUUGAAUGUGAUAAAUUGGAAAUAGCUAAAUUUGGUAUUAGACUUGCUUUUCGACCUUUGAAAAAAAUAACAGAAGCAAAACAUUGGUGGACUUAUAUUUUGGAUCCAAGUUUUUCAAUAGCAAAUAUGGAUGACAGUGGAGAAAGUUGGUUAAAUAAUAAAGAAUGGGAAGAGCAAUUAACUAAAAGUUUACCAAAAUAUAUUUCCAAAUUGUCAAAUAAAAUGAUUGAAAGUGCAGAAAGUAUUGUUAGUUCAAUUAUAGAAGAAUUAUCUUUACUGGAGGGAUCAUCUACAGUUAAAUCUCAAUUAUUUUUAAUUUUUGAAACAGUAGAAAAUGAUAUGAGAUCGGAUAAAUUUAUACAAAUAUUAAAAAAUCUUUCAGAAAUAAAUAAAAGAGAAGUUAAAGUUUAG